AUGGGUGCUAUGUUCUUACUUCAGCUCGGUUGUCUUCUCGAAAAUAUAGCAGAAUCCUCGUCCUAUGCAGGUGCAAUUGCUGACAAUGACAAACUUCAAAGGAUUUUAAACAUUCAGUGGGCUGGAUCGCCGGUUGCGGACCUGAAGACCCAAAUUCAUCGUUGGAUAAUGAAGGAGAAAGAAACCACCAGGACAUUAACAGCAGAGCAGAUUAAGAUGCGGCAGAAAUACACCAUUUACAUCGUAUCGUUUACUAUCUGGGACAUUUGGCGGCAGUUCAGACGAAACAUGGAAGCUUCUGAGAAAUCAGUUCUGCGAAGCGUGGCAUCCAUUUCCAACAGACUCUCAAUCAUAGGCGAUGAAUGGAUUGAAAGUGAUAUGAAAAUGAUUCUUUUGUCAGCGACAGAUGUAACAUUUCUUCCAGCGUUCAAUUUUGAUAGCAAAGCCCUCAAACUGGCCGCCCACCUUAAUGUUUAA